GCCGCGCCCAACUAUAUAAAUUUUGCCGCACUACAGCUCAGCAACAAAUUAGGGUUUCUUCCUCGACACUACCCAAUGGAUGAGGAAGACGAGUCGACCUUAUCGAAUCUGUUCAAAUCCCGUCUUCGACGCGCUUCUCCCCAUGCCGACCACUCGGUCCACUCUUCCGCGGCGAAGCGUCGGCAUUCUAAGAACCGCGAAGCACUCAAGAAAAACCAAAGAGGCAAAGGAAUGAAGAGCUCUGCUCUCCAAAGUUUGGCAAUAGGAGACCUUGUUUGGGCAAAGACUUCCACUGUCACUUGGCGGCCAAGCAAAGUCAAGGGUUUCAGGGGACCCCUUAUCUCGAUAUUGUUCUUCGGCAGCAAUAAAACGCGCUGGUUCAACUCGUCGGAUAUUCUUCGAUUCGAAGAGACUUAUCCUCGGAUGGUAAGAAUGGUGAAAGCGAAGUUAUCAUAUGAGAUAGAUCUUGCAUUGGAUGAGCUAGCGAGGAACACUGCGGUGGGUUUGAAGUGUUGUUGUAGCGUUUCUGCUGCGGAUGAUGAUGGGUUGUUGGCUGUGAAGAGGGGUUUUAAUCCGCAGGAGAUCUCUUGUUUUGUGCUCGAUAAGGCUGUUUCACCGCAAGUUGUUGAGGGCGAGAUUGCGACUGUAGUUCGGGUUUCCGCUGCGUUAAAUGCUUUUCGGUAUGGAGUGGUAGUGUGUAACACGAGUGAAGUGGAUGAAGGGUUUUGUGCAGAAGGUUUUUUGGAUUUUGUUCUUCAUAUGGCUGUUAAUCGAAGUGUUGGUGAUAAGGUAGUGGCUCAGCUGUAUGCCUUUCGGCGGUUUACUUCAGUGAAGCCAGCUUGGUUUUAUCAGCUGGAUUGGGAGUUCGAGGAUGAUAGUUUAGAGAAUCGUACGAUUGAAGUAGAUCUGGAACUUCCAGUUUGCACAUCUGAGGAUGAGUUAUAUCAUGGAAGGAGGACUAGAGAGCCAGAGGUUGAUCUUUCCAUUAAACCACCAGAAGAACAUGACUUGCUAGAUGUGAAUUUUAACCAGAAGGUCAGGGAGAUGUGUGUGAUCAACAUGGCAGACUUCACUAUCCUCGAUACGGAUGCGAAGUACGAAUCUCUGAUUUAUAAUCACCAUCAGAUGGAUAUGAAUGAGGGCCCUUCAGCAGGUAGUAGGGAUACAUACAGAAAUACAAGUGAUUCAACCCAUAAUGUUCAGGUAGGAGAAGAAUCUACAUCUUAUAGAUCUAUAGUGCCAAACUUAGAAAAAACAACAGGAGAGGGAGAAAACCCAUCACUACGGACAGUGCCUUUGUAUAGGGGACAAUUGCACAGCCUCCCUAUUAACAAAUGCAGUGCAUUUCCCCCCAUCGAAGUCUUGAAUUUCGCCAUUAAGCCUCAGUCUAGCCCAGAAAUGGCUCACUGUAUCUCUUUGAUUCCUGAAAUGGCUCCUUUUGCAGAAACGGCUCUGCACAUUUCUGCUAACACAAGAAAGAUUUCUGAAUUCCAGUUUAGCAGCCAAAACCAUCCUCGGCGGCAUCGCCGUCUUGAAUCGAACUCUAAGGCUUUUUAUAUUUCGCCGUUGGUGCGGAACGGGCUUCGUUCGCCUUUGGAUGAUAAUAGCCUCAGAAAAUCGUGUGUGUUAUUGAAUAUGAAGUUCCCAAUGGAUUAUACUCUGCCCACAAAAGAACAACUUGAGAAGAAGUUCAGUGUUUUCGGCCCUUUGGACCUUACAAGAACGAAGGUUUUCUUUUACACAGGAGUUGGUCAGGUAGUUUUCCUGCACCAGGCUGACGCAGUCAUGGCUUAUAAAUACUUAACGAGGAAGAAAAUAUUUGGUCAAGCCAAUGUGCGCUUCUGGUUUUAUAAAUAUGAAAAUUGUAGAAAGGGCAGUAGUAAUCUGUCCGGGGCUGUCCAUUCUUCAUUGAAUCUCAAAUCAUGCCUUCAAAAAUCUUGCACGCCAGAUCUGAUCGAUCAUACGAAAAACUGCAGGGUGAGAUUUACAGUGUGACAAUUAAUAUAGUUCUAAUGUCCAAAUGUUUUUUUAGAUUAAGAUACAUUUUUUGAAAAUCUUGAUUACCGUUGUAAUUUUCAAAGGUGGGGGUUGCCUGUAACA